CUUCAUGAUCCGGGCACAUGCGCUGGCACCUCGAUCAGACGGGAUGCGCGAGCUCUGAAGAUGCUGCGUGAUGCUGAGUGAUUUAUGGAACCCUGGUGAGAACCCUGUGUCGAGCUGAGAGCCUGAACUCACGCGCUCUGUCUUGGGCGUGAACCUACACACACACACGCGCGCGCGCGCACACACGUCGGCGGCACGUUAGAGGGUGUCGAGACAAGACAGGGUUCGGGCAACGCACGCGCCCGUCGGUGCGUUUAAGCGCGCGCCACUCGUAUCAGAAGCCGCCCCUCCUUUUUCUCUCCCCGGCGACGCCGUGCUUGAGCGUCAACAAACACAUUCAAAUAUGUGAAUAAUCAGCGGGCCUUGUCUUCUCUCAUCAGGAUACGACCGUGCAUCCCUUAAGGACUCUGUUUUUGGUACAUCAUUCUCUUAUAUAUACAUAUAUAUGUCAGCGGGAUGCACGCGGCGACCGACUGCUGUUUUAUCGCAGGCCUGAGUGGAGAAUGAGAGUGUGUGGCUCGACGUGACCACUUGUGCCUAUGAGGCUGGCAUGAUUGGUCCGGCUAGCUGGCAGCGGCGGGAUUAUGCUGACGUGCGUCCAGCAUGACUCCGCUGGACCUGUGGCUCUCGCGCUCCAUCCCCAUGUGCCUCCUGCUGCAGAGCCUGGUGCUCAUGGCCCUCUGCUUCCCAUCGGCCAGCAUGUGCCCCAAAGGGUGCGUGUGUCAGCGGUCCGAGUACCCGCCCUAUGGUCUCAACGUAACCUGCAGCCUGGCAGAGCUCAAGGAGAUCCCGACAGACCUGCCUGCAGAUACGGUGCUCCUCCAACUGGAUCGCAACCAAAUCCAUGCUGUGCCUGAGCGCGCCUUUCAGGACCUGAGGAUGUUACGCAGGCUGAACCUGUCCCAUAAUUCAGUGGAGACGCUAGGCGAGAGUGCUUUUGUUGGCCUGGAGUCCUCACUGGAGCUUCUCGACUUGUCACACAAUCGCAUUGUCAGCGUGCACAAGGAUGCAUUCGCACGGCUAAAGGCACGCGUACUGGUGCACGACAACCCAUGGCACUGCGACUGUGCAUUGCAGCAGGCUCUCGGUGGCAUGGCACACAAUCAUGAAGCGGCUGCACGCGUCCUAUGUCGCAGCUCUGAGCUGAGGGACCAGGAGGGACGUCCAUUCCUGGCAGUGGACGCCGAUUUGUGCAACCUGGCCAGGCGCACCACCGACUACGCCAUGCUGGUGACCAUGUUCGGCUGGUUCGCCAUGGUCAUCUCCUAUGUCGUCUACUACGUCAGGCAGAACCAGGAGGAUGCACGGCGCCACCUGGAGUACCUCAAGUCUCUACCGAGCAAACCCAGGAAGCCAGACGAACCAGAGGACAUCAGCACAGUGAUGUGACGUCAUUGUUUACGCCAAUAAGGCCUUGACUAAGCGGGUGGAAAUUAAGGGGCGAAAUUUCUGAUUUCGGAGAGCAAUUCAACCUUAUUCAAGCUAAGACACCAACCAUAGAUGUAGUCUAAUACUUAACAUGUGUCUUCUCUUUUUCCAGUCGUGCAUUACUGCUACAAAGUAUUUAGGUCAGAUUUGUAAUACUUUUCCUAACUCUUCCUGUGUCCACAAGAGAUUUUAACUUUAAAGGUGGCAUUAGUAUAAUAAUUGCUAGCUCUUUAAAAAGGAGAUGGUGUAAAUGUCCUGAUUCAGACAUUGGAACGAGUGGUUUUAUGUUCCAGCUGGUAAAAUGCAAUCAAAAGUACAUAUAAUACUCUACCCAUAUCUAUAAACAGUUGUUAAACACCUUUAUGACCAGUACAGGUAUUUUGGUAUUCCGAUCUCAGGUUUAAAUGUCGAGAUGACUUUUAAAACCCCAAAAGUGUUUUGUUUUGAAUUUCAAUAGGAAACUUAUUCAAGUGGCUUAUUCUUCUAACAAAUGGAUAUACAUGAUAUUGUUCAGGAUGUGGUGUUUAAAAAAAACGCAUGAAAAACAUUUUUGAUUCCCUUUAAACUCCAUAGACUUUAUUAGCUAAUUGAUAAUCAAAGAAGAAAGGGCAUAGCGCUUCGGAAACUGAAAUUUGGACGUUUCUUCCAACCUUCUGAAAAAGGUCAUGUUUACGUAAUCUCCAUUACCUCACUGUUGUUAAUCUGUGCUUGUUGAGCAGUGUAAUCCUAGAGUGUCAAUGUUGAUUUCUUUGUGCUCCAGAGAGCGUUAGCAGUGACACAGAGUCAAUAUUUUUUGUCUUGGGUCUUCACAGGCUGGCAGCCAGGCUCGUUAUUGGUGUCUCUAAUAUCCCUCAUGUAUACAACAGCCAUCAUCAACUUCAUAUUAGCCAUCAAUAUUAUGAACAAAGUGGCUGGAAUGAGUAAUGUGUUUCCAUGAAAUGAAAUGCAAAAACGAAACCUCCGGCUCAGACAACGAUUUCCAUAUUCCUUCCUCCGUUCUGGAGGUGAGACCCGCAUAGUAAUUAUGGGAUGUCAUAAGAAGAACGAUGAGGGCAAUAUGGUCAGUCUGUCUAACAUCAUCCUGUGCGUACAGUAAUUUAACCAGCCAAAUGUGAACAGCUAAUUGCAGCUGUCAGUCCCCUGAUGGGCCAUACUCAAUGCCACCUUAAUGGUCCAGCAAACCAGGAAUCAACAAAUGACACAAUUCUGAUAUAAUAGGUAUAUAACUCAGUUUCCUCCUCUCUACACCCUCAGAAAAUAAGCAUACUAAACUGUACCUUUUCUUGUCACAUUGGUGCUACUUUCCAAGAUACAUCUUUUGUUCAUUUGGUCUAGGUUCUCAUUACCUGGUGGCAAUGGCACAAAUCCAGUUUUUGGCUUUCAUCUAAUGCGGAUUUGAUUGACACAAAAAUUUGAUGUUUUCAAAUCAGACCCAGUUGUGAAUGAGACAAUUGUUGGCUUUUCAUUGACGUUCACUCAGUGAUGAGUGAUGAAUGAAAGCAGCAAGAAAUGUGUGACAUAUUUAAAGAUAUUUCAGGAAAUGAAUUGACUGCUACUGAACCCAAGUAGUUUUUGAAACAAUUGCCUAAGAAAUGGCAAAACAUGGCCCAAAAAAAAUUUACGUGGCUACAAUGCCAAAGAAUCACACUCCCAUAUAAAUACUCUGUGAAUCCCUCCACAGCGCGGUCCCAGCAUCGCUGGCUCCUGUCCCGUACCCACACAUCUCUCGGCACAGCAGUGUCAGUAAUAGCUGCAAAAACAGCCAAAGCUAGCCAUCUGGCUGUUUUUCGCCUUCUCAACCUGAUCACGUGCAGCUGCCGAGCUGUAUCUUGACCCCCCCAAAGCAAAGUGACGCAGGUUUGGGCUACUAGCGUAUUCAUUUCUUGCUUCCACUACGAUAAAAUGUGUCACAAAUAUCACUUUGUUCUAUGUGACGUAUGGGAAUCGAUUAAAAUUGAUGUGUGUUUAAAAACCGUUACAUUUACAUUACCGAUGUGAACCAAAUGUCAACCGUUAUGACAGAUUCAAUCUGAGGAAAAACAUCUCAGAUGUGCAGCGAAGCGUCAAGCGAAUGUAACCUCGAUAAGUAACCUUUACCUAGAAUUCUGCAUGUGGUGUACUAUGUGGAAACUUUAUUCUAAAAAAAAAAAAAUGUAAUUACAGUCCGAGGGGAGCACGGUGGCUUAGUGGUUAGUAUGUUCGCCUCACACCUCCAGGGUUGGGGGUUCGAUUCCCGCGUCCGCCUUGUGUGUG